GCAGGAUGGGGGCUUCCACCAAGUGUUUCUUUAGAGGGUCUGAAAAGCCUUGCAGUCUCAUUCCCAAGUAACUCGGACCCUGCUUUCUAGAUACAACUGAGAGCUUCAUCAGAAACAAAGCAAAGAUGCCAGAGCCUGUAAAGAAAGCAGUUUCUGCAUUUACCAAGAAGCCAAAGACAUCAGAGGUGACAGCCGGAAGCACAGCUGUGUUUGAAGCAGAGACAGAAAAAGCUGGCAUCAAGGUGAAGUGGCAGCGAGCUGGCACAGAAAUUACUGAAAGCGAGAAAUAUGUCAUCAAGGCAGAAGGAAAUAAGCAUUCACUGACAAUCAAUAAUGUAGGAAAAGAAGAUGAUGUGACAUAUGCUGUAAUAGCUGGAAGUUCCAAGGUCAAAUUCGAACUCAAGGUCAAGGAAGCAGAUGCUCCAGCCCCAGCUGCCUCAGAGUCGCCUGCUCCACCAGUAGAAAGCAGCCAAAACACAGAAGUUGCAUCUGCUGAGACUCAAGCAGAACCACCUCUGGACCCUAUUGGGCUCUUUGUGACACGACCUCAGGAUGGAGAAGUUACUGUUGGUGGAAACAUCACGUUCACUGCCAAAGUGGCAGGUGAGAGCCUGCUGAAGAAACCAUCAGUGAAAUGGUUCAAAGGAAAGUGGAUGGAUCUGGGAAGCAAAGUGGGGAAACAUCUCCAGCUACAUGACAAUUAUGAUCGAAAUAAAAAGGUGUACACGUUUGAAAUGGAAAUCAUAGAAGCAAACAUGACUUUUGCAGGAGGGUACAGAUGUGAGGUGUCUACCAAGGACAAGUUUGAUAGUUCUAAUUUCAACCUGACAGUCAAUGAAGCACCAGUAACUGGAGACUUGGAUAUUCGUGCUGCCUUCCGACGCACGAGCUUGGCAGGAGGGGGGAGACGGAUGACUUCAGCCUUUCUCAGUACUGAAGGACAUGAAGAAGGCGGAGAGUUUAAUUUUAGUGCCCUACUGAAAAAGAGAGACAGCUUCUUGCGCUCGGUAAAUCGAGCUGAAGCAAAAUCUGAACCACAAUCUGAUGUUGAUGUCUGGGAAAUUCUGAGGAAAGCUCCUCCUUCUGAAUACGAGAAAAUUGCUUUUCAGUAUGGUAUCACAGAUUUGCGUGGGAUGCUGAAACGCCUCAAACGCAUAAAGAAGGAAGAGAAAAAAAGUACAGCAUUCCUCAAGAAACUGGAUCCAGCUUACCAAGUGGACAAAGGGCAAAAGAUUAAAUUAACAGUUGAAGUUGCCAAUCCAGAUGCUGAUGUGAAAUGGCGGAAGAAUGGUCAGGAAAUCCAAGUGAGCGGCAGCAAAUAUAUUUUUGAGGCUGUUGGGAAUAAGAGAAUACUGACCAUAAACCAUUGCUCUCUGGCCGAUGAUGCAGCCUAUGAAUGUGUGGUAGGGGAGGAGAAGAGCUUCACAGAAUUAUUUGUAAAAGAACCUCCAAUCCUCAUCACUCACCCACUAGAGGACCAGAUGGUGAUGGUUGGAGAGAGAGUGGAGUUUGAGUGUGAAGUGUCUGAGGAAGGAGCUACUGUGAAAUGGGAAAAGGAUGGAAUUGAGCUGACACGAGAAGAAACAUUCAAGUAUCGAUUCAAGAAAGAUGGAAAAAAGCAGUAUCUGAUUAUUAAUGAGUCAACCAAGGAGGAUAGUGGACACUACACCGUGAAGACCAAUGGUGGGGUAUCAGUCGCUGAACUGAUUGUACAAGAGAAAAAGCUGGAAGUUUAUCAGAGCAUUGCGGACCUGACAGUGAAGGCACGCGACCAGGCAGUCUUCAAGUGUGAAGUUUCCGAUGAAAAUGUGAAAGGAAUCUGGUUGAAAAAUGGAGAGGAGGUUGUCCCAGAUGAAAGGAUAAAGAUCUCCCACAUUGGCAGAAUCCAUAAGCUAACUAUUGAGGACGUAACACCAGGUGACGAGGCUGAUUAUUCCUUCAUCCCUCAAGGAUUUGCUUAUAACCUUUCUGCCAAGCUUCAGUUUUUGGAGGUCAAGAUUGAUUUUGUACCAAGAGAAGAACCUCCCAAAAUCCACCUUGACUGCCUGGGCCAAUCCCCUGACACUAUUGUCGUAGUGGCUGGGAACAAACUGAGGCUGGAUGUUCCCAUAUCGGGGGAUCCAACACCCACUGUCAUCUGGCAGAAAGUAAACAAGAAAAGCGACCUUGUUCGAAGCAAUGAUAAUUCCAUGACUCCCUCAGAAAACAGCAGUGAUUUAAAUACUGAUAACAAGCUUCUGUUUGAAUCUGAAGGCAGAGUUCGUGUGGAGAUGCACGAAGACCACUGUGUCUUCAUCAUUGAAGGAGCAGAAAAGGAGGAUGAGGGAGUAUACAGAGUUAUAGUUAAGAAUCCAGUGGGAGAAGAUACGGCUGAUAUCACAGUCAAAGUUAUCGAUGUUCCUGACCCUCCAGAAGCUCCCAAGAUCAGCAACAUUGGAGAAGAUUACUGUACUGUGCAGUGGCAACCCCCUAAAUAUGAUGGUGGGCAGCCAGUACUUGGCUAUAUUUUAGAGAGAAAGAAGAAGAAAAGCUAUCGAUGGAUGAGGCUGAACUUUGACCUUUUAAAAGAGCUAACCUAUGAAGCCAAGCGAAUGAUUGAAGGAGUAGUUUAUGAGAUGCGGAUUUAUGCUGUGAAUUCUAUUGGCAUGUCCCGGCCAAGCCCUGCCUCGCAACCCUUCAUGCCAAUUGCUCCUCCAAGUGAACCAACCCACUUUACAGUGGAAGAUGUUUCUGACAGCACUGUUGCCUUGAAGUGGAGACCUCCUGAGCGGAUUGGAGCUGGGGGAUUAGAUGGUUAUAUUGUGGAAUACUGCAAAGAUGGAUCUACAGAAUGGAUUCCAGCUCUUCCUGGCCUAACUGAGCGCACAUCUGCACUCAUUAAAGACUUGGUCACAGGGGACAAACUUCAUUUCCGUAUAAAGGCUAUAAACUUGGCUGGUGAGAGCGGAGCAGCAGUAAUCAAAGAGCCCGUUACUGUUCAAGAGAUCCUGCAGCGUCCCAAAAUCUGGUUGCCACGCCAUCUCAGACAGACUCUGGUGAAGAAAGUGGGUGAGACAAUCAAUAUUGUGAUCCCUUUUCAGGGUAAACCAAGACCCAAAAUAAUUUGGAUGAAAGAUGGUCAAAAUCUAGACUCCAAAGACGUGGGAAUUCGGAACAGCAACACAGACACAAUCCUCUUCAUCAGAAAGGCAGAGCUUCAUCACUCAGGAGCAUAUGAAGUCACUCUUCAGAUAGAAAACAUGACUGAUAAAGUUGCAAUAACAAUGCAAAUCAUAGGUAAGAACCUGACACCAUCAAAAUUAAGCAUAUCAUACAAAACAAAAUAGUGGCCAUCCUGAGGCAAUCCGAAUAUCCAACUACCUCAGAACCCCUUCUGUGGCAACAGUUGAUAGCAGAUGACAAUGACAGAGCUCAGAGGAGGGCUAGCAAGUCAAUUUUCCCAGCUUGAAAUGAUCUGUGUCCUAGAGAUUUUUGGAGGGAGAGGGAUUAUCUGUGUGUCUCAA